AACCAAUGGCAAUUAUUUUCUAAUUAAGUCUUCUUUAUCUUAAUAGUUUGUAACAGCUCAUAAGUGUAGUCAAAUCCAAGCUGCUGCUGCUUCUUCUUCUUCACAUUAUUUUCCAUCUAUACUCUUAAAUCUUAAUUCAUACCUAUCAUACACUUUAUUUUCUUGUUCUGCAAGUAAUUACACAAUUAAUGGGAAAAGGAAAUGGUUGCAUACCGAGCAAGUCCAAGAAGGUACCGGUGCCGGUUUCCGAACCGGAAAAGAUCCAAGAACCGGUUAGCGACGUGGACGAGAGAGCGAUCGCGACUACUAGUACGAGCCGAGAAGUGGCGCCACCGGCGAGAGAAGCAAAGGAGAAUCUGAAAGUGUUCAUUGUUUUUUACUCAAUGUACGGUCACGUGGAAUCACUGGCGAGAUCGAUGAAGAAAGGAGUUGAAACCAUUGAAGGAGUUGAAGGAGUGUUGUACAGAGUGACGGAGACGCUUCCAAAGGAGGUUCUGGAAGCGAUGCAGGCGCCGGAGAAGGAUGACGCGGUGCCGCUGAUAACGGCGGAGAAGCUGGUGGAGGCGGAUGGGUUGCUGUUUGGGUUUCCGACUCGGUUUGGGAGCAUGGCGGCGCAGAUGAAAAGCUUCUUUGAUUCCACGGGGCAGUUGUGGAAGGAGCAGAAGCUUGCCGGUGUUCCUGCCGGAUUCUUUGUCAGCACCGGCACUCAGGGUGGCGGCCAAGAAACCACCGCUUGGACAGCAAUAACACAGUUAGUCCACCAUGGAAUGCUCUAUGUUCCAAUUGGUUAUACCUUUGGUGCUGGAAUGUUUGGAAUGGAUUCCAUCAAAGGAGGAACACCAUAUGGUGCUGGAACUUUUGCUGGUGAUGGUUCAAGGCAAGCAAGUGAAACAGAGUUAGCCAUUGCUGAGUAUCAAGGCAAGCACAUGGCCACAAUUGUCAAGAAAUUAGCCGACAAGGAUUAGAUUCUAUGUUUCUCAUUUCAAUAAUGAUUAUAAUUUAUAAACCAGCAUUAUUAUUCUCAAAAUAUCUUCCAAUCAAUGUUUUUGUGUCUAUAUUCAAAUGUUGAGUUUGUUAUUAGUCUAAGAUGGUUAGGAACCUUAGCUUGUUCUUCACUGUCUUCAUUCCAAGAAAAAAAUGUUGUACUUUGUGAUUGUGUUAUUUAUUACAUUUAUAUGACACUAACUCUCCUUAUAAUCGUAACUUCUUUGGAUUCUUGA